GCGAGGCCGGCCGGCCGGCAGGGGGAGGCGGGGGGCGUGGGGCAGCCCCGCCUUUCCCGCGAGGAGCCGCCGGGCAGCCAUAUUGCGGAGCUGUCUGCGGUGGCGGCGGCGCCUCUCGUCUCUCGCGAGCCAUCGCUCCCUCCACCGCCUCUCCCUCCCUGCCGCAGCCGCGACAUCCGGCGCCGCCGCGCAGCGCCCCGGCCACACUCAGGGCGGGAAGGAGCCGCCCGCUCUCGGGAAGAACAACAGAAUUCAUAAAAGUGAAGAAUUUUUAAAGAGGGUGACAAAAAGAGAAGGAAAAUGCCGAAACCAAUCAAUGUAAGAGUAACAACAAUGGAUGCUGAGCUGGAAUUUGCCAUUCAGCCCAACACAACUGGCAAACAGCUUUUUGACCAGGUGGUGAAAACGGUUGGUUUGCGUGAAGUCUGGUUUUUUGGGCUGCAGUAUGUGGACAGCAAGGGCUAUUCUACGUGGCUUAAACUAAAUAAAAAGGUGACACAGCAAGAUGUUAAAAAAGAGAAUCCUCUGCAGUUCAAAUUUAGAGCUAAAUUCUUUCCUGAAGAUGUUUCUGAGGAAUUAAUUCAAGAAAUAACCCAGAGACUUUUCUUCUUGCAAGUUAAAGAAGCUAUCUUAAAUGAUGAGAUAUAUUGUCCACCAGAAACUGCAGUUCUUUUGGCUUCCUAUGCUGUCCAAGCCAAGUAUGGAGAUUUUAAUAAAGAGAUUCAUAAGCCAGGCUACCUGGCUAAUGAUAGACUCCUACCCCAGCGUGUUUUGGAACAACACAAACUGACAAAAGAACAGUGGGAAGAAAGAAUACAGAACUGGCAUGAAGAACAUAGAGGAAUGCUAAGGGAAGAUUCUAUGAUGGAAUACCUGAAGAUUGCACAGGAUCUAGAAAUGUAUGGAGUCAACUAUUUUGAAAUAAAAAAUAAAAAGGGAACUGAAUUGUGGCUAGGCGUUGAUGCUUUGGGUCUGAAUAUUUAUGAACAUGAUGACAAGUUAACACCUAAAAUUGGUUUUCCCUGGAGUGAAAUCAGGAAUAUUUCAUUUAAUGACAAAAAAUUUGUUAUAAAGCCGAUUGACAAAAAGGCACCUGAUUUUGUUUUUUAUGCACCUCGUCUGAGAAUCAAUAAGCGGAUUUUGGCCUUAUGCAUGGGAAACCAUGAACUAUACAUGCGAAGAAGGAAGCCUGAUACUAUUGAGGUGCAACAGAUGAAGGCUCAGGCGAGGGAGGAGAAGCAUCAGAAGCAGUUGGAAAGGGCGCAAUUAGAGAAUGAAAAGAAGAAAAGAGAAAUAGCAGAAAAGGAAAAGGAAAGAAUAGAACGUGAAAAGGAAGAGCUAAUGGAACGUCUGAGGCAAAUUGAAGAACAGACAAUGAAAGCCCAGAAAGAACUAGAAGAACAGACUCGAAAAGCUCUAGAACUGGACCAGGAACGAAAACGAGCAAAAGAAGAAGCAGAAAGGCUUGAAAAGGAGCGUCGAGCUGCUGAAGAGGCCAAAUCUGCUAUAGCAAAACAGGCUGCCGACCAGAUGAAGAAUCAGGAGCAGCUGGCAGCAGAACUUGCCGAAUUCACUGCCAAGAUUGCGCUUCUAGAAGAAGCCAAGAAAAAAAAGGAGGAGGAAGCUACUGAGUGGCAACACAAAGCUUUUGCAGCCCAGGAAGACUUGGAAAAGACCAAAGAAGAGUUAAAGACUGUGAUGUCUGCCCCCCCUCCACCUCCACCACCACCAGUCAUUCCUCCGACAGAAAAUGAACAUGAUGAACAUGAUGAGAAUAACGCUGAGGCUAGUGCUGAAUUAUCAAAUGACGGGGUAAUGAACCAUAGAAGUGAGGAGGAACGUGUAACAGAAACGCAGAAAAAUGAGCGUGUUAAAAAACAACUCCAGGCAUUAAGUUCAGAAUUAGCCCAAGCCAGAGAUGAAACCAAGAAAACACAAAAUGAUGUUCUUCAUGCUGAGAAUGUUAAAGCAGGCCGUGAUAAGUACAAGACUCUGCGACAGAUUCGGCAAGGCAAUACAAAGCAACGUAUUGAUGAGUUUGAAGCAAUGUGAGAGCUGUUAUUUUGCAUACAUGUUCUUCAUAAGCUGAACCACCAACAGAGAAAAGCAGGCCUUUGCAGAUGUGAUGGAAGGCAUCUCACCUUGCCAAAGCACUUACACCAGUUUGACUGUGGUAGCUAAAAGACAUUUAAGGGGAGCUUUUAAACAUUAAGACAGUGUGAUAUCAUGCUUGGUUUUCUUUUUCUUUUGGGCCAGGGAAUGGAGAACGGUGUUCCGUCACCUCCUUUUUCACAUUUUUCAUUUUCCAUUUUUUUUUUUUUUUCUGUUGAAGAUUAACACUAAUUACCAUAUCUGACAAAUGUGUAUGUAUGAUUUAAGCACUUUGUACAUUUUAAAGGAUGGUGGUGACUUAAUGAGUGUUUAGGUAGGACACUCUGUUUUUUCUUCUUCCAUAUUUUACCUGCAUGUAUUUCCCACAUUCUCUCUCAUUCAUGUUUUCUCAGUGUGUACUUGUCAUACCUUGAUAUGCCCUGUAACCAUAGCGCUGCCACUAUACAGAUCAUUGGCAGUGAUUAAAAUGAGCAUAGGUCACACGGUGGACAGUCUUUGAUCAUUGUGUAGAAGAUGGCUGUGAAUCAUGAAAAGGAUUAGAAUGUUUAAUAGUGUAGUGUACAGCUAGUGGUUAAUUUUUUAAAUCCCAGCUUAAUAACAUUAUUGGAUAUUUGUUAUUUGCUUACUUAAUUACGGUCAUCUUUGACAGCUGAAUUGAUUGGUGUUUCAUCUCCUGUCAUCAUUUGGUUUUCUUUGCCCACUGAUCUUACAAAGGUAUAGACAGCAGGUAGUAAGUAGUUCCCUAGGAAAGUUUAUUGAUGAAACACUACUGCAAAUAACAGUUGUCUCUGAAAGAUUCUUUCAUAGAUUGAUUUAGAAAAACAGAUGUUUAAUAAAAGAAAAAGCACAUUUGUUGGUAAUUGAUUAUCAUCAUUAAUAAAACCCUGGACCUUGCUAGAAGGGCAGCAUAUGAAAACAGCAGUCCCGAGGAGGGGACAGUAAUACUACCUCACUACUAUACCUGCGAUGACUGGUUGUUCAAACACAGUGAAGUGUGUAAGCUAUAUGUUUUAUAAUACAUAGUGAUACUGUCAAUCAUGAAGGAAUAUUUUUGAGAUUUCCUUUUCCUUCAGAAUAUCUUAGAGUGCUAAAUUUUAACUGCCUUUUUGAUUUGUAUUAAAAUUGUUAGCGCUCACUGGUAUACUGUCUUCUUGGAGGGGUGUUGUAUGUCUAAGGAAGUGUGUGUGUGUGUGUGUGUGUGUGUGUGUGUGUGUGUGUGUUUGAGAGAGAGAAAGAGAUAUUGCCCUUGUAGCAUAUGACGACGAAUGUUUGUACCUUCAUUUCUUGAUGUAAUUAUUACAUAAUCAUUUUAGCAUAUUUGGUUUCUAAAUCAUUGUGCUUAUUUUUUUCAAUCUAACUAAAAAUACUUAAAUUUGGUUAGUUAAUUCUAUUUUAGAAAUUAUAAUUUUAUAGGUUAUAUUAAUUUCAGUUAUGUUUUACAAAGAAAUCUUUCCAGUUUGAAAGAUGUUCAAUAUUCACAGGUUCUAACAUUUUCUUUAUUAUAAAACAUUUAGAUUUGGAGAUAAGGAAAGCCUUGUUUUCUCUGUGUGGUUCAGCUACUCUCCAUUUGGUAUUAUGCAUUCAAAUUUACAUUUAUCUAUUAAAAUUGCCAUUUUGUUAGACAUUUUUCAUGCACAAUAGAUUCAAGUUGUGUCUGAAAAUAUCUCUGUGCUUUUUUGAUUUUGCUGACUUUAAAAGGAUUAAUCUGGGCAGACAUUAUGAAAAGGAAAGGUUGCAUUUAAUAUAUUUUUUGGAUUUAGUAGGACAAAAGAUAACUGGUUAACCUUGAAGUGACUGUUGUACAGUGGUUGUGCACAUGCUUCAAAACACUGUGGAAGAGGACAUUUCUCCUUGCAGCACAUUAGAGGAAUAGAUGAUAAGCCCUGCUAUUCAUGGUUUAAAGCAUGUGCUCACUCUUCCAAAGCAUUAAAGCAAUUGCCAUAAUAGGUGAAAACUUGGAUUUUUAUUGGAUUUUUGUUAAUUUGCUUCAUUUUGAAUUGUGUGCACUACCAUUCCUACAUCAGUUUGAUAUCAGUGUUGAAAAAUUACCAGUUAUAUUUGCUGUUUAUAAUCUAUUUGUAGAUUAGAAUUAAAAUGGAUUUAAUCCAUUUUUAAAGCUGUGUGAAUUUUUCUAAACAGGAACAACUAUUUGCAAUAUGGGUUUUCAUUAAACCAAUUAUAACUUUUAUUAUUAGCAUUUGAGAAGCACAUGUUCAUAUAGCAAUGUAAAAAUAUAUUAAUGAGUAUUUGGUAAAUUCCAACAGGCUUUUACCAUUAGCAUAAUUUUGUGUUGUACAAUUAAGUUACAUCUAUAAUUUUGGAUAACAUUCAUUGGUUAACAAUAAAGUGAC